CGCACCUCCCAGUCUCUGGCUGCAAAGACUUUCUCUUUCCCUUUGCAGUUUCCUUGGGUCCUGCCACAGAGAGCAGCCUGUCUUUAUCAGAGAUCCCUCUGCCAGGGGGAGGACCCCAGAGAAAAACAGAAAGAGGAUGAGAGCCUGAGGAAGAUAAAGCAUCCCAGGGCCUCCCACUCCAGCGCCAGAGCAGGAAGAGGCAGGGGCCAUGACUACGAGACUCUGGGAGGUCACUUUAAGGAGGGCUGUCCUAAAACCAGGAGCCUGUAGCAGAAAGUGAAACCCUCCUGCUCCAGACAAAGAUCAUAGUCGGGACUGGCCAGCCAAGGAUGCAGCCUCAGUACAGUCAUGGCAGGGCUGGUGCUCCCUGCUCUGGGAGGGUGCUCCCUCUGUGUGCUUCCUGCCAUUCCUGAACUCUGGAACUGGGAGAAUUGAACCAAAGGAUGAUGGGAGCAAUGUGGAAUUUUGUUCACAGAGCUUCGAUGGAUUUUCUAAACACAGUGGAGCGAAUGUAUCGAGGCACAUUCUUCUACAACUUUAAUAACAGACCCAUCCUUUCUCGUCGGAAUACCGUCUGGCUGUGCUACGAAGUGAAAACAAGGGGCCCCUCAAUGCCCACUUGGGACACAAAGAUCUUUCGAGGCCAGGUGUAUUCCAAGCCUGAGCACCACGCAGAAAUGUGCUUCCUCUCUCGGUUCUGUGGCAACCAGCUGCCUGCUUACAAGCGCUUCCAGAUCACCUGGUUUGUAUCCUGGACCCCCUGCACAGACUGUGUGGCGAAGGUGGCCGAAUUCCUAGCUGAGCACCCUAAUGUCACCCUGACCAUCUCUGCCGCCCGCCUCUACUACUACUGGGAAACAGAUUAUCGCAGGGCGCUCUGCAGGCUGCGUCAGGCAGGGGCCCGAGUGAAGAUCAUGGACUAUGAAGAAUUUGCAUACUGCUGGGAAAACUUUGUGUACAAUGAAGAUCAGUCAUUCAUGCCUUGGGACAAAUUCAAUGACAAUUAUGCAUUCCUGCACCACAAGCUAAAGGAGAUUCUCAGAAACCCGAUGGAGGCAACGUAUCCACACAUAUUCUACUUCCACUUUAAAAACCUACGGAAAGCCUAUGGUCGGAAUGAAACCUGGCUGUGCUUCACCAUGGAAAUUAUAAAGCAGCACUCAACUGUCUCCUGGGAGACGGGCGUCUUCCGAAACCAGGUCGAUCCUGAGAGCCGUUGUCAUGCAGAAAGGUGCUUCCUCUCCUGGUUCUGCGAGGACAUACUGUCUCCUAACACAGACUACCAGGUCACCUGGUACACAUCUUGGAGCCCUUGCCUAGAUUGUGCAGGGGAGGUGGCCGAGUUCCUGGCCAGGCACAGUAAUGUGAAGCUCGCCAUCUUUGCUGCCCGCCUCUACUACUUCUGGGAUACACAUUACCAGCAGGGGCUCCGCAGCCUGAGUGAGAAAGGGGCCUCCGUGGAGAUCAUGGGCUACAAAGAUUUUAAAUAUUGUUGGGAAAACUUUGUGUACAAUGGUGAUGAGCCGUUCAAGCCUUGGAAGGGACUAAAAUACAACUUUCUAUUCCUGGACAGCAAGCUGCAGGAGAUUCUCGAGUGAGCGGUCUCCCCAGGCCUCAUGGUCUGUCUCCUCUAGCCUCCUGCUCAUGCUGCGCGGGCCUCCCCUCCACCCUGGACCAGCUCUGCUUUUGUCUGGUCAUCCUGAGCCCCUCCUGCCCUCAGGGCCAUUUCACAGUGCUCCCCUGCCUCAUCACCUCCUCCCCGCUCUCCUAGGCUCUUCCUUCAGAGGCCCCUUUCUGCCUCCAUGGCUACCCAUCCACCCACCAAGACCCCGUUCCCUGAGCCUGUGUGCCCCUAACCUGCCUUUUCCCAUCUCCCCAGCAUAACCAACCUUUUUUUUUUUUUCUUUGAGACGGAGUGUCGCUCUGUCGCCCAGACUGGAGUACAAUGGCUUGAUGUUGGCUCACUGCAAACUCCGCCUACCAGGUUCAAGUGAUUCUCCUGCCUCAGCCUCCCGAAUUGCUGGGAGUACAGAUGCCUGCCACCACGCCCAGCUAAUUUUUUUUUUUUUUUUUGUAUUUUUAGUAGUAACUGGGUUUCACCAUGUUGGCCAGGCUGGUCUUGAACUCCUGACCUCGGGUGAUCUGCUCAUCUCAGCCUCCCAAAGUGCUGGGAUUACAGGCAUAAGCAACCCUGCCCAGCCACAUAAACAAAUCUUAUUAAACUCAACCUAGGCUGGCUGCAGUGACUCACGCCUGUAAUCCCCCCAGCAAUUUGGGAGGCAGAGGUGGGAGAAUCCCUUGAGCGCAGGAGUUCAAGACCAGCCUGGGCCACAGGACAAAGCCCCAUCUCUACAAAAAAUAAAUAAAUAAAUAAAUAAAAAGCCAGGUGUGGUUGCAUGCACCUGUAGUUUAAGCGACUUGGGAGGCUGAAGUGGGAAGAU